AGUCCCUUUUCUAUUAGUUAAAGAUACGGAACAUCGGCAAGAACUGGAGGAAUAUUUGGACGAAAGACUGCAACUCUGGAUUAACCAGCGAUGUCUUUCGUAAUUAUGGCAUGAGUGAAAUGAUACGCCACUUCGAAGCUUCCGCGCGUUAUAGUAAACAUGAUAUCUUACCGCUAUUGUUGAAUCUUCUAGUGUACAGGCGUGCAUCGUUGAGAACUGCACAGAAAUGCACGCUGAAUGUGAUGAAGCAGGGCGUAAUUUAUUUCGUUGAACCAUUAAUAUCUCACAUUUUAUUAGGGGCAGGUUGUAAUUUAUAUUCAAAUGACUGCAUUGGUUAUAUAACUGGAUUUUCUCUUGUCAUGUUAAAAUCAUUGCGCAGUGCAGUAAAAGAGGUCUGCGUUUCGUGUUUUGGAUUGCGAAUGUGAUCUCUAAACGGUUUUUGCUGUGCAUUACCUAAUCAGUUCACAUUCGAUAGGGUUUCCAUUCCCUGCAGAUACAUCAGUUACUGUAUUGAUACACUCUAAAUGUUAGAAGCUCUUGCCAAGCGGUAAGAGCCCCUCUCCUAGGUUACAGAUGAGAGGCAAACAAUAUCAACAACUGAAGUUGACAGCACCUUGGGAAAAGGAUGCUAGUUACGGGAGGAAGCUCAAAACGUACAGGAACAAUACCAAGAUAAUAGCCCAGCCCGGAAUCGUAAUGAAAGUUCUACGCAGAAAACGGAUUGUGCUGUUUAUAGCCUAUUUUUUGCUGCUGGUCCUGACGAUGCUGAACUUGGCCAACUACAAAUGGACUAAGGAGCCUCAACAGUGCAAUCACCAGAUGAGGAGCACCACUUACCAGAGCAGAUCAGACAUCCGUUUCCUCUACAGACCCUCUCUGGCUAAAAAGAGACAGCUGGUGUACGUUCUGACCACCUGGAGGUCGGGCUCCUCCUUUUUUGGGGAGCUUUUUAACCAAAAUCCCGAAGUGUUCUUCUUGUAUGAGCCUAUGUGGCACAUAUGGCAGAAACUUUACCCAGGUGACGCCGUGUCUUUACAGGGAGCUGCCAGGGACAUGCUCAGCUCCUUGUACCGCUGUGACCUCUCUGUUUUCCAACUGUACAACAGCCCCGGAGGGAAGAACUUCACUUCCUUGGGUCUGUUCGGUGCAACACUCAAUAAAGUGGUGUGCUCCUACCCCCUCUGCUCCGCGUACAGGAAGGAGGUGGUAGGAAUGGUGGAUGACAAGGUGUGUAAAAAGUGCCCCCCGCAAAGCCUUAGACUUCUGGAAGAGGAGUGCCUCAAGUACAACACCAUAGUCAUCAAAGGGGUGCGCAUUUUGGACGUGAACGUUUUGGCCCCACUCAUGGAGGACCCUUCUUUGGACUUGAAGGUGAUCCACCUGGUACGUGACCCCAGGGCAGUGGCCAACUCCAGGAUCAAAUCCAGGCAUGGCCUUAUCCGAGAGAACCUGCAGGUGGUCCGAAGCCGGGACCCGAAACUGCGAAGGAUACCGUUUGUGGAUCCCAACCACAAAGUCAACAAGAAGGACGGUGCGGACUACCACUCCAUAGGAGCCAUGGAGGUGAUCUGCGACCGUACCUCCAGGACCCUGAGGACUGCCUUAAACCCCCCCAGCUGGCUCAAAGCGAAGUACAUGGCGGUUCGUUACGAGGACCUGGUGGAGAGCCCCGUGAAGACCCUGAGGAACAUCUACCGCUUCACCAACCUGACCGGCAACCACGACAUUGAGACGUUCGCCUUGAACAUGACCGGCGGCUCGAGUUCCUCCUCCAAGCCGUUCAUCGUGUCUUCCCGGAACGCCACCCAGGCGGCGAGCGCGUGGAGAACGGUUCUAAGCAUCCAGCAGAUCAAGCAGGUGGAGGACUACUGCCACCACUCAAUGUCUGUGCUCGGCUACGAACGCGUACGAACAGCAGGAGAGGCGAAGGACUUGAGUAAAUCUUUACUGACUGUCUCAAAACUGUGACAGAGUUCCCCACCAAAGACAAAUCAUUUGUUUUUGUAUUUUCUCUCUUUUUUCUUUUUUUUUUGCAUCGAGUGCCGUUUUCCGUUCAUUGUGGAACUAAAGCUUAACUUUGAAUCAGUGUUUGGAGUACUGCCGAGCCACACUUGGAAUGUAUUUUUGUUUGUUUCCAUUAAAUUGCGGGUGGUGUUUGAAGGGACCACAACUUUUGUAUCUGGAUAACUGGAUGUGUUCAACAACGCAAGGCCUAUGAACAUUGACUUGAACAUGAAAGCUGCAACUACAAAAAGCAACUGUAUAAUUCCUGUAUCUUGUUAUGAUAACACUUCAAAUUGGAUGUUUAUGAGGUUAUUUUGAAUGUUAAAAACCUCAGAUUUUUGGGGUUACCAGUAACCAUAUUGUCUGUACAAGUGAUAAUAGUGGAUGGGAUAAAAAGACAAAAAAAAAAAGAAAUACAUGAGUUUAUUCUUUGAAAAGGUUGUGUUCUUUGGGAGAACUGUGUUGAGUCAGAGACAAUCAUUAAAACAAUCUGUUCCAGUGAAGAGUAGCAGGACAUGUCCCUAGUCUAGGUACACUAGGUAUUGGGAUCAUUUAAAUAUGGAACAGACUGUAAUGCCAUGACAGGAAAAUCUUAAUUAGACCAGUAUUUUCUAACUGUCAAUGGGAGUAAAUCUUUGCCGUUUACAAUGUUAAAUUCUCUUACAGAAACACAGGUAUUUUGGUAAUUGUUUGGAGUUCAGAUAACAAAAAAUAGAAUAACAGCAUCUCAAUUGAAAAAGACAGUGAAAUAAACAAUGAACUCGCUACAUUAUUAGACCAUGGAGUAAUACCAUAGGUUUCAGGUUAUCUACUUGUAAUAACUGACCUGUUCAACCUUAUGCCAAGAAACAAUUUUUUUCUAAAUAUGAGUGGCCUUAGCUACUGUAGACUGUAGCGCCUUAACAAAAUUGCUACAACAAAUCCCUAAGGAACAGAUUAAUUUACAAAGGAAUGUUUUCAAAUGGAUACAAACAUUAUCCUCCCCCGGGAAGGAAUUUGGAGACAGGCAUGGUUUGUCAAGGACAGGGUCAGGGAAAAGGAUUCAGUCAGACAAAUGAUGUAAAUAUGGAAAACAAAAGUUUUCUCCACAACAAAAAGCUCUGCAGAGAAGGAAUCUGUUCGAAAACACUCGGAACAGGCAGACUUCUUGAAAAUCUCCAUAGAAUAUCAAAGAAUAUAUAUUGUUUUUAAACAUGUUUUUUUAUACAUAUUUUUUUUACAUAAGGAACCGUAGAAUACCAUUCCGUAGAUGCAGUCAUGCUUUCAAGAUUUAACCUUUGACAGGCACUCACGUCAAGGACACAGCUCUUAUUAACAUGAGGAAAACAAUCUGUAUUCUCACAGGGAGCCUAGCCUUCAGUAUAUUGAAUUUGUUCUGAACACUGGCUCACUCAAGGGGAAUGGGGCACAGAUAUUUAUGCUAUAAUGAACAUUGUGCCGAAAUCCAAACUGAAUACAUCAGAUUCUCUAUUUACUUCAAUUUGCUGGGGCAUCCUUUACAUACACUGCUAAUAAAAAACAAUUAGAAGUGGAAUCAGAAGUAUUGUCUUGCAGCCUUAACCAAUAAAUGACAAAAGGGGAUGAGGCACUUAAAGAUUAAAUGGCAUACAUUUUAAUGAGGCAAAAGCCUUGGAGAAAGUACAAUAAAGGUUUUACAAGGGCUGGAGGAACAGCUGAGCAAGUUGGUACAAAAAUAACAAUUCUAAGAAUUAAAGGUUAUAAGGUUAUAAACGGCAAGGCACUGCAAUUUCCAAAAUGA